AUGAACAUAUUGUCACUGUUUUCUCUUCUUUUGUUGAAUAGUGUUUUAGUACAUAGCGGUGGAGUGCAUGGUGGUCAUUAUUAUGCGUUUAUCCGGCCGACGUUAUCUGAUCAGUGGUUCAAAUUUGAUGAUGAGCGGGUUACGAAAGAAGAUGUUAAGAGGGCUUUAGAAGAGCAGUAUGGUGGUGAAGAAGAGUUGCCCCAGACAAAUCCUGGAUUCAAUAACACUCCAUUUAAAUUUACAAAGUACUCAAAUGCAUACAUGCUUGUGUAUAUACGUGAGAGUGACAAGGAGAAGAUAAUUUGUGGCGUGGAUGAGAAAGACAUCGCAGAACAUCUGAGGACAAGGCUGAAGAAAGAACAGGAAGAGAAAGAGGACAAGAAAAGAUAUAAAGCACAGGCCCACCUUUAUACAAUCAUCAAGGUUGCCCGCGAUGAAGAUCUAGCAUACCAAAUUGGGAAGGACAUAUAUUUUGAUCUUGUUGACCAUGACAAAGUUCGGAGUUUCCGAAUUCAGAAACAGAUGCCUUUUAACCUUUUCAAGGAGGAAAUCGCCAAAGAAUUUGGUAUACCAAUUCAGUUUCAGCGGUUUUGGAUAUGGGCAAAGAGGCAAAACCAUACGUAUCGUCCCAAUCGGCCAUUGACAUCACAGGAGGAGUUACAAAAUGUUGGGCAGCUGAGGGAGGUUUCUAAUAAAGCCCACAAUGCAGAAUUGAAAUUAUUCUUGGAAGUGGAGCUAGGGCUGGAUCUAUGUCCUAUUGCUCCACCUGACAAAACUAAAGAAGAUAUUCUUCUUUUCUUCAAGCUUUAUGAUCCUGAAAAAGAGGAGCUCCGAUAUGUUGGUCGGCUUUUUGUGAAGAGUUCUGGUAAGCCAGCUGAAUAUCUAACAAAACUAAACGAAAUGGCUGGAUUUGCUCCUGAUGAAGAAAUUGAGCUUUAUGAGGAAAUUAAAUUUGAGCCAUGUGUCAUGUGUGAACGGCUUGACAAGAGGACUACGUUCCGAUUUAGCCAGAUUGAAGAUGGGGACAUUAUUUGCUUCCAGAAACGCCCUCCACCUGAAAGUGAAGAAAAAAUGCGACAUCUGGAUGUUCCAUCAUUUUUUGAUUAUGUGAAAAAUCGCCAGAUUGUUCAUUUCCGACUUCUGGAAAGACCAAAGGAGGAGGACUUCUGUCUGGAGCUAUCAAAAUUGCACACUUAUGAUGAUGUUGUGGAAAAAGUGGCCCAACAACUUGGUCUGGAUGAUUCAUCUAAAAUCAGGCUUACUUCACACAACUGCUACUCUCAGCAACCUAAGCCCAGCCCCAUUAAAUAUCGAUCAGUUGACAAUUUGUUAGAGAUGCUGGUCCACUACAAUCAGAUCUCUGAUAUACUAUAUUAUGAAGUCCUGGACAUCCCUUUGCCAGAGUUGCAAUGUCUGAAAACCCUGAAAGUUGCUUUUCAUCAUCCAACAAAAGAUGAGGUAUUAAUCCACAAUAUAAGGUUGCCUAAACAGAGCACUGUUGGAGAUGUGCUUGAUGAACUGAAAACGAAGGUUGAGUUGUCUCAUCCAGAUGCAGAGCUUAGACUGCUAGAAGUUUUCUACCACAAGAUUUAUAAGAUUUUUCCACUUGGUGAAAAAAUUGAGAAUAUAAAUGAUCAAUACUGGACAUUGCGGGCAGAGGAGAUUCCAGAAGAAGAGAAGAACCUUGGUCAGCAUGAUCGGUUGAUUCAUGUUUAUCAUUUUACGAAAGAGACUGCCCAGAAUCAAAUGCAAGUCCAGAAUUUUGGGGAGCCCUUCUUUUUGGUUAUCCAUGAAGGCGAAACUUUGUCAGAAGUUAAGGUGCGCAUUCAAAAGAAAUUGCAGAUUCCUGAUGAAGAGUUCUCUAAGUGGAAGUUUGCAUUUUUGUCAUUGGGGCGUCCAGAGUAUCUGCAAGACUCUGACAUAGUAUCCAGCCGUUUUCAGAGAAGAGAUGUUUAUGGCGCUUGGGAGCAGUACCUUGGGUUGGAGCACUCUGAUACAACUCCUAAAAGGGCUUAUGCAGCAAAUCAGAACCGUCACACAUUUGAGAAGCCUGUUAAAAUAUACAACUAG